AUGAUAGAAAGUGAUAUCACAUCCAUAAUGUCAGGAAUCCUUAGAAGUUCAGGGCAAAAUCAUCACCCCUUGCCACAGGAGUACAGAUUCUUAGCUUCGGACCCCUCCCAGCUGAGUGAAGAUGACCUCCCCAGUGACUUACAGUCCUUGUCGUGGCUGACAUCUGUUGAUGUUCCUCGGUUACAACCGAUGACCAGUGGAAGCAUGGAUUUUAGCCUUGGCGCCCAGAAUGCAAUGCUACAACAGACAGGUCCUGUAGCAAGCAAUAUGCACUCGGCAGGAGCAUCCGGAGCAAUGAUUCAUGUCCAGGCCAGCCUGCCACAGGGAAUUCUAGGACUGAAUUCUAUUUCAACACAUGGAGCAAAUAUGAGCCAGUACACUGUAGGUGGGCAGCCAUCGCCUAGUUUACAAACGCAGCAACAGCUCUUCCCUCCUCCUCAUUCACAGCAAGUGUUUGCCAUAGCACAGAGCACACAACAGUGUAAUCCAGCAGCAAUCUAUAACACAUCCUAUGGGACCCAGCCACACUACUCUCAGCCCCGCCUGGCUCCUCAUUCUGCCCAAGACCUGCAUCCCAAGCAUUACCCCAAGCCCAUCUAUUCAUAUAGUUGCUUGAUUGCAAUGGCACUGAAGAACAGCAAAACAGGCAGUCUCCCAGUGAGUGAGAUCUACAGCUUCAUGAAGGAGCACUUCCCCUAUUUCAAGACAGCACCUGAUGGCUGGAAGAACUCUGUACGCCACAACCUGUCCCUGAAUAAGUGCUUUGAGAAGGUGGAGAACAAGAUGAGUGGCACUUCCCGCAAAGGAUGUCUGUGGGCGCUCAACCCUGCCAAGAUUGACAAGAUGGAAGAGGAGAUGCAGAAGUGGAAGCGGAAGGACUUAGCUGCUAUUCACAGGAGCAUGGCUAACCCAGAGGAGCUAGACAAGCUGAUCACUGACAGACCUGAGAGCUGCAGACGGGCUGAUAAACAGGCAGAGUCUGAGGUCUCUACCCUGAACCACAUGGCAGCAGCACAAGGCAGAAUCUCCAUCUCCCAGCCCAUCAUGACACUCUCACUGCAGUCCAUCCCCCUGCAUCACCAGAUCCAGACGCAGGCUCGCAUCGCCCCAGACUCACCAGCACCUGCCCAAACGCCGCCUCUCCACACUCUGCCUGACAUAAACCACAGCCCUCUUCCCCACCAUCCUAUGGGCCGGGCACCUCCCGACUUCCUGAAUGUGACAGCAGACAUGAACACAGAGGUGGACGCUCUUGAUCCAAGCAUUAUGGAUUUUGCAUUGCAAGGUAACAUAUGGGAGGAAAUGAAAGAUGACAGCUUCAGCCUUGAUGCCCUGGGUGCCUUCAGCAACUCCCCACUUCACUUCUCAGACUGUGACCUGGGCACUCCUGGCCUCACCCCUGUCUCCAGUGGCAGCGAUCACUCCUUCUCAGACUUGCAGGUCACAGGCCUUUACACAACUUACACGACACUGGACAACGUAGCAUCAGCCCAGUACAUGAACACCCAAGGCAACAAACCCAUCGCUCUGCUCUAA